AUGGCAAACCUCAUGCAGAAAAUUGAAGGUGAGCGAAUUAACAGACGAUCAUGUUCAAGAGAUUUCCAGCCGGACCUUGAGGUUGACGAUGUUACAUUUGCCAGGGAGUUUAGAAGGUGGAAGGCGAAGUGGCAGAUUUCUUCUCCUGAACCAUUCAAAACCCUCGAGUCGGCGCUUAUCCCCGUUACGGAAAACUCCUACCCCAAUGUUCAAAGAUGUCUUCUCGUUCUGCUGUGCAUGCCAGUAUCGACAACAACAGCGGAGAGGUAUUUUUCUACAAUGAGAAGGGUGAAGACAUACCUCCGUAGCACCAUGGGAAUGGAGCGCAUGCCUUGUCUUGCACUGUUGAAUAUACACCGAGAGCGAGAUAUCGAUCUGGAAGAGGUCGUUGACGUAUUUGCCAGACGAAAGGAGCUCCUUUUUGCCCUUUUAUUUUGUGUGUAA